AUGAAUACUUUAAUGUAUGAUGAUCAAGAUCCAGAUUAUUUUAUGUUAUUUAAUAGUGACAUAAGUCAUCAAAAUAUUUUUGAGAAAAAUGUUCGCUCUAAUACAGCUAAAAAAAUAUCUUCAAUCAUAGAACCUGAAUUUAUAAAUGAAAUUAAUAAUAAAAAAACAGAAAUUUAUAAAAUUUACAAAAAUCUUAGCAAAGCUUGCAAAAUGUUACAUUAUUUACGAUUUUCUAUAAUAACUAAUUUUUAUAAUCGAGAAAGUAUUUACAAUAGUGACAUACAAGCAAUAAAGCAGUCACGUUUACAUUGUACACUUACUUCUUUUACAAAAAAUGCUUCUACCAGUAAUAUUAAAUACACAAAUAAUUGUUUGAAUGAAUCAAAUGAAAUUAUGAGAAUAAAGAGGAAAAAUAAUAAUGAAUAUAAUAACUUCAAAAGAAAAUGCUUAAAAAAUCUGAAUCCAGAAGAUGUUUUAAAUAGACCAUCUUUGCCAAUUUCAACCUUAAAACUAAAGAAAAGAAUAAUUGUUGGAAACAUAUCAAAAUGGAUUAUACCUGAUCUGAGAGAUAGUAAUUCAACUCACAAAUGGACUAUUUAUAUCAGAGAUAGUAAUAAAUGUGAUGUUGGACAAUUUAUAUCUAAAGUUCGUUUUUUUUUACACCCUAGUUACAAACCAAAUGAUAUUGUUGAACUUACAUCUACUCCUUUUCACUUAUCUAGAUAUGGAUGGGGUGAAUUUCCUGUAAGAAUUCAAUUGCAUUUUACAAAUAGUUUUAAUAGACCAGUUGAUAUUAUUCAUCACUUAAAACUGGAUCGAACAUUCACAGGUCUUCAAACCAUUGGAUCAGAAACAAUAGUUGACCUAUGGAUUAAUGUAAAAGAUAUAUCAAGUAUAUCAUCAAACAUAAAAAAAACUAAUAAUAAAAAUAAUAUUUCAAUCAAUGAUAAAUUUAAAAUAGAUUUAUCAGCAAACCGUUAUUUCAAUAAUGAUCAUAAUUAUAUUGGAACAAGUGUAAGAAAUGAUGAAGAAAAUUCUAAUUUGCAAAAUUCCCAAACUUUUACAGAUCUCAAAUUAAAAAUACUACAAACAAAUUCAGAUUCUGAACAACUGUCAUUAAUACAAUUAAAUAUUUUGGAGGACGACGUUAUUAAGCACUGCUCAACAAAUAAUAAAUAUAAAUCUCAAGAAGUCACCAAUAUCAAGAAUUCACUAAAACAUUCUUAUUUUGAUACCAAAAUAUAUUCUAAAUUAAAUACUUCAUACAGUAUAUUGAAAUUUAUUAUGAAAAGGAUACCUCUUAUUUCUAAAAAGUCAUCAAAAUCCUAUUAUAAAUUACUUCAUUACUAUCGAAAUGAAAACUAUCAUCAAUUUUGUAACUAUUCCAAAGGAAAACAGCAAUCUUUAGAACGAUACAGAGCUAUAUAUGCUCUCACUAUUAUUCAAAAUAUAAAGUAUUUCAAAUAUACUUAUAAUAUUAAUGAAUUGAUAACUUGGACUAAAAGAUAUUGUUACAGUCCAAUUUUAAAUUUGAAAAAUAUUCAUAAAAUAUGUAUAUCAAGUAAAUCAGAUAAUAUUAAAACGAAUAGUUUGUAUGAAUACACAUCAACAAUUUCAGAUCAACUUUAUAAGUGGUUUUUACAGUGUCAAAUAACGAGUCCGAACUUAACAAAUUUUGCUUCUGAUAAUAAUGAUCAGAUAGAUAUUUUAAAUAUUCCAUUAAAAAUUCCUGAUGCUUUAGCUGUAUAUUAUGAUAACUUAUAUGAAAAUCAUAAUACAGUAUUUUUAAUCAAAUAUCCUGAAACAGAUGACAUUUUAAGCGAAUAUGUUUGUAAGUCUGUACAGAAAAUUGGACUAAAAUUUGUAAACGAAGAAAUUCUACCAGGGAUUUCACACCAUUCAGCAAUUCUACUUAUGACAAAAGCUAUUGAAUUUUUAGUUGAUGACCUCAUUAGAAUAGCUUUUUCAUGUGCUUUAGAUAAAUUAAAAAAUGAAAGAAGUAGUAUAUUUAUUAAAUUAGAUGAUGUUCGUAUGGCUUUAUUAAAAAAAGAAGAGUUUGAAAUUUUUACAAAUGCUGGAUUAGGAUCAGAAGGAUGAAAAAUAGAUUAAAAUACAGUAAUUUAAGUCAAUGAAAUACAAAUGAAUGAACUUUGGA